GUGUGACACGGGCUGCUCCCUUCAUACUUCAGGCUGCACUACUAUCUCCUGUUUACCUCAGCACAAAAAAAGCUUUUAAAAGAGCAAGCUCAUGGGUUCAUUGUCUUGUUAAAGACGCAUCUACAAAAUCCCACCGUUUUGAAUAACACAUCCACACUUACCUGUUCCCAUACGAGUGGUGGCUGAAGCAUGUGCAUUUCUCUAAGGUCCGCAGUCAAGAGCAAUGCACAUGCACUUUCUUUCAGUGUUUGACUCCUGAAGUGUUGAAACCUUAUAUGUCCUCUCUAACUUCAUAUCAAUGUGGACAUCAGUAUUCCAGAAAUAAUGCUGCCCCGUCAAAAUUUUCUCAUCAUCCUUAUGAUCUUUGGCAUUGCAUUAAGUGGGGGUCUUCUGGUGCCUAAUCUGUAUGCCAAAAAUGCAAUGUCUCUAACAUCAAUGUGGUCAUGAGAAUUCCAGGAAUAAUGCUUCCUCGUCAUCAUUUUUUCAUCACUAUUGUGAUCUUUGGGAUGGUAUUAAGUGGGUUCAUUUACUGGAACAAUGUCUCGUGCAGCUGCAAACAGCAGAUAACAAAAGAGGUCAUCAUGAAGCAAAAAUGGAAGCAAAAGACCUUUGGAUUGCGUUCAUCUCCAGGGUUGUUGUACAGCCAGCCAAAUGUGUUGGUAGGUCGGACAGAUAUUGCUUCUGUGUCACCAUGGGCAGCUCCAAUCAUUUGGGAGGGAACCUUUGACCCCACGCUGAUCGACUCUAUCUACAAACAACACAACCUCACCAUAGCAACCACUGUCUUUGCUUUGGGAAAAUACACGCGUUUUAUCAAAGAUUUUCUGGAGUCAGCAGAGCAGCAUUACUUUGUUGGAUUUCGAGUGCAUUUCUACUUGUUUACAGACCAACCAGAAUCAGUUCCUGAAGUGAAGAUGGGUGAAAACCGUACUUUGAAGAUUCAAAAGGUUCAGACUUUGAACCGAUGGCAGGACAUCAGUAUGAGCAGGAUGGAGAAACUGGAAAAACUAAUAGAGGAGGAACUAGCCAAUGAGGCUGACUACAUUUUCUGCCUUGACAUAGAUGCAAAGUUCUACGGCCGGUGGGGUGCAGAAACUUUGGGUCGUCUUGUAGGUGUGAUACAUCCUUGGCUUUAUAAUGUUCCAAGGAAUCAGUUCACAUAUGAGCGUAGACCAGAGUCUAAAGCAUUUAUUGCAGCUGACGAAGGUGAUUAUUAUUAUGCCGGUGCUGCGUUUGGUGGCACAUUGGAGGAAGUACAUCAUCUCACCAAAACCUGCAGGGAGCAGCUGAGCAUCGAUGCUGCAAACUCUAUUGAGGCGGCAUGGCAAGAGGAGUCUCACUUGAACAAGUAUUUCCUUUUGAACAAACCCAGUAAACUGCUGUCUCCUGAAUAUAUGUGGAGGGACAUCAAUGUAAAAGUAGACCCCAUAAAAAUAGUUCGCUUCACUAAUGUACCUAAAAACUAUGCUGAAGUUCGUCCAAACGUAUAGCAACUGUCACCAGUGUUCAUAUACACUUACAUGGUGUGUUCUCACAGACCUCUCAUUGAACAUAAUUACAUUUACAAUAACAGUUUUACAUAAAUAUAUCAUGAUACCCUUGGAUGAAACUGUAAACACAUUUUAAAUACUCAUUUUAACAUAAACUAACACAUAAAAUAUGUUGGACGUUGGACGAUGACAUCAAUGUCAAUGAUGAGUCAAUAAAUCAAAUGUUUACUAUUGUGCUCUUGCAUUAAUAAUACCCAUUUUUACCCAUUUAACACAUUGUCAAUCUGUGUGUAUAAAUCAUCGCACAUAACUUUUUAACAAUAUAUAUUGUAGAACUAACCUUUCUUUAUUCUUUCGGGUAAAGAAUUGACUUGGUAUUUCAUUUAAGUUUCAAAUAUUUAAUGAAUGUUCUUGGAACAACAGUUUUUUUUUUUACAUCUCCAACCAGAAUACAUGGAACAAACUCAAGCACUUCUAACCUUAAUCUUUAAUUCCAGAUGUUUAAAUUAUAGCUCUUACUGUAAAUCCCCAGUCUCUAAUUAUAUAGGCAGACAAAGCAUAUCAAUCAUCACUUAAAACAUUCUGGAGCCAUAAAAAUCUUUGGACCUACAAUACUCAUGGUUUGUGUCGGCUUAAAAGAAAAAUCAAAAAGAAGAUGAUGUGUGUAACGAAACUCAUUAGACAUGGUCGUAAUUACAGUCAGGGUCAAAUCAUCAGCAAACAGGUAUAACAAAGGGCAAAAAAUUAAGGGCAAUUAAAAAAAUCCACUGAUCAGCAAACAAUAUCCAAAAGGGCAAGGCAAGAUCACUAAUCCGAUGACACUAGCAAAAAUACAGGCAGGAGCAAACAGAGUCAGAAUGACAAGACAAAAAGGUUAUUCUGAAAUACACUAAGAAUCAGAACACAGGAAAACAGUAAAGGCAAAACUAGAUUGCGAAAACUCAGUUGACCUGCUCAUGAAUGAAAGUUCUUAAUCCAGAUUGGAUGGCAAUCUGUUUUUCUUCCAAAAAAACACAUUACAAUACUACAGGAGGCCUUUAAUCAACCCCAAAAGCUAAGUGAGGCACAUUUUAUUAUGGAUGAAUGUGCUUUAUUUGACUAC